UGGACGACUCCCCGAUGUUCACAGAGGAGGAUUUCGCAAACUACGAGCGCCAAUUCUUCCCUCAUCACGAGGAUGCGCAGGAAGAGCAUCAUCUAGAGCAGCAGCAGCAUCAUCAGCAGCAUCAUCAGCAGCAGCAUCAUCUAGAGCAGCAGCAUCUAGAGGAGCAACAGCAGCAUCAUCAGCAGCAGCAGCAUCUAGAGCAACAGCAGCAGCAUCAUCAGCAGCAGCAGCAUCUUCAGCAGCAGCAGCAUCAUCUAGAGCAGCAACAGCAGCAUCAUCAUCAGCAGCAGCAGCAGCAGCUGGGACAGCAUCAAGAGCAGCAGCAUCAGCAGCAUCAUCAGCAGCAGCAACAGCAGCAGCAGCAGCAGCAACAGCAGCAGCAGCAUCAUCAGCAACAGCAUCAUCAGCAACAGCAGCAGCAGCAUCAUCAGCAACAGCAGCAGCAUAAUCAGCAACAGCAGCAGCAGCUGGGACAGCAUCAAGAGCAGCAGCAACAUCAGCUAGGGCAACAGCAUCAGCAGCAACAGCAGCAGCAGCAACAGCAUCAUCAGCAACAGCAGCAGCAUGGACAAAAGCAUCAGCUGGGACAGGAGCAUCAGCAGCAACAGCAUCAGCAGCAGCAUCAGCAGCAGCAGGAGGCGGAUAAGCAGCAUCAGCUGGAACAGGCACCUCAGGAGCACAAAGGGCAGCCCCUGGAGGCUCACAAGGACCCCAGCCCUCCCAUUCAACACAAUCCAUUGGCUGGACAUGAGAUGCACGUGGAGGGAAGAAUUGAAAAACCGGACAAUCACUAGCGACCCACACCAUUGCUCACUAACAACCCACUCACUCACUCACUCACGACCCACUCACUCACGACCCACUCACUCACGACCCACUCACUCACUCACGACCCACUCACUCACGACCCACUCACUCACGACCCACACCAUUGCUCACUAACAACCCACUCACUCGCUCGCGACCCACUCACUCACUCACGACCCACUCACUCACUCACGACCCACACCAUUACUCACGACCCUCCCACUCACUCGCUAGCCACCAAUUAUGCCCACGUAAUAUCUGCAAAGUUUCACUUUUCGAUAAAAUCAACAUCUCAAAACAUUCACACCGCCACUAAUCCUCCGCCGCGGUAUUCACCAAAAAUUCACAUAUUUAUAUUGGUGUUAUAUUUUAAACCACAGUGAACAUUUUUGUCAGUUUAUACAAGCAGAUAGCACGUUUAAAUCGAUACGGUACAUAUGCAGUAAGCUUAUACAGAAAAUAUUUUCUUAUUAUAGGUUCCGUAUUAAAUUAAACUUACGCCUGUCCUGA